AUGUUCUUAGUUAUAACACCUUCCCCACAGCCAAAAAGAGAUCUCAGUACAGGAGAAGAAACAUCAAUACCACUACGAAAGCGAAGAGGAUUGCCAAAAGUUCACUCGGGUUGCAAAACAUGCAAAACUCGACGCAUUAAAUGCGAUGAAGGAAAGCCAGAAUGUAAUCGCUGUAAAAUAUUCUACAAAGGCACUUCUCAAAAUUGUAGUUAUUUAACACGUGAAAUUCCGAAAUCUAAAAUCGCGACCAGGAGAAUAAUCCUACCGAAGAAAGUCGCGAAUAAUUUUGGGCAAUCACUUCUCAGUCAUGGUCCCAUAAAGAGCAUUUCUGAUAUCAAAUUCGAAAGUCCAAGACACUUUCAAUAUUUCCGGUUCUUCUGUAGUGAUGUUACGACCCAAGUCUUUGGGGGAUUUUAUUCUGAACUAUGGAGUAGUGUUAUCCUUCAAGCAUGUCAUCAGGAACCAUGUAUUCUCCAGGCUGUUUGUGCAAUUGGGGCUCUCAGUAGGGUCAUGAAAGCACGCAAGGAGGGCCAGCUUACGAUGAUGAAUGAUGAUUAUAGAUUUGCCAUACAGGAAUAUGGUAGAGCUCUUGGUGGAAUCAAAAAGCUCAGACCUAUCCGAAUGACUUUACUUGCCACAUUACUUAUAUUCUCCUUUGAGAACUUUCACGGAAAUCAAAUGGCCGCGAUAACUCAAAUUCAAAGCGCUGCAAGUUUACUUCAAGCAUGGAUGAAAGACCGCGAAAAGCGACAAAUAGCGGAUCGAACAUUAUCACCAGCCCCAAAUGUCAUUGAAGAUGUCAUUUUUGCCACGUUUCAUAGCACGCAUAUUGGGUUGGUUUCUGCCAUCGAUCCCACGAUAGAACAAGCACAAGAUAUUAUACAUGGAACUCAAAUGUAUAUUCCCAGCCUGGUUCCCACGCGGUUUACAAGCAUCGAUGAUGCGGGUGCAAAUUUCACGGCAAUUUGCAGGCAGGUCAUCAGCUUUCUCAUGAGCACAGUAACACUUAUUCGAGGAGGAGAAGAGCCCACGGAAGAAGAAAUAUCAAAUUCAGCAAUAUGGAAUCAUCGAAUGCUCGAUUGGUCUCCAGCAGCGGUUGAAUUCAAGGAGAUCUUAGACAAACUUGAUCAAUGGCACGUUGCUUUUGAGCCAUUGGCUAUGCGUUGCAGAGAAAAAGACGCCGACAUUAUGAGUAUUCGUAUGUUAAGAGCGCACUGGUUAACAACACGUAAUAGCUUUCAUUCGGCUUUCUUUCCACACAGUCCAGCUCAGUUCUAUCAAUCUAGCUUCGAAGAGGUCGUGGAAAUUUGCAAAAUAGUCGCUGCCCACCCAAGUUUCGAAAGGGGAUUUGUAUUUCAUGCUGGGAUUAUACCAUCACUCAUGGCAGCGGCGAUGUUUGGGGUUAUUUCUACCCGGAAAAAGGCUAUAGAAGUGCUGCUAGAUAUUGUACCUAGAAGAGAAGGUAAUUGGGAUGCUGCAACUUGUGCCAGAAAUGCUAUUGCUGCUAUGAGGAUGGAAUUUGAGAAAUCUAGACAGACUACUCGGGAAAUCAAUACGGUCGUUGAAGAUGUGUAG